AUGGCUACUAAAGUAUUAAUGAAGGCUACUGAAACGGAAUUGGCUUGUUUGAGUGCUACCGAUAUAUUGGUCAAACCUGAGCUUGCUUUUACAUCUGAAACAAAUUCCAUACUCUUAACCAGACAGUUAUUUGCUGUUUCUAUUAGUGCCAUAUGCUAUAUGCGCAAAGUAUUUUCAAAGGAGUAUUUCAGGCCUCGUAAAAUUGGGACCAUGUCAAUGCAUAUGCUGCAAAAUGUCAAAUCUGAUCCGAAAAUAACAAGAUUUCUUAAAUGUGUAAAGGGCUGUUUUGAGGCUAUGAAGAAAGGAUACUUGCGUGACAUUAUUGUCGCUAUUCAACCGCCCGGACAAGAAGAUGUUAGAAAGGCGUUUGAAAGCUACACCUUUAGAAUAAAAUACAGUACAGCUUGUAAAUUUGAUGAUAAUGCAGCAAUAGCUAAUAGUCGGCUCAUCACGAUUGAUUCAUCCAAAGUAUCUCCAAAAACAUUGGAACAAAAUAUCAUCGAUUGUUUAUUCAACUGCGUUGAAAUUGUGAAACAUAUGCCAGAUCUACCGGAAGGUUGUUCACUGGGAAUGAUGCUGACAUAUUAUGAAGGGACACCUCGUGAGUAUCAACCACCUGGUUUUGAGCAUUGUGAAUAUAAGGCUUUUGAGUAUUCUCAAGGGCUUUUUAACUUUGAAGUAGGAAGGUACUCAACACCUUAUCAUUCAGUCAGUAUGGAAGCUAAUGCCAAGUUAGUCGAUGCAGAUUCUACUGAUAUUAGUGAAGCAAAUAAUUCUGGAGUUGUAGAGAAUUCUCAACCUGAAGUUAUUGGUAAUACGACUGAGGUUACUAACUUGAUUGACAACGAACGAACUGAAAGUCAGGUGAUUACUGAAGUAUUAAGAACUUAUCAUGAUACGUCUCUCGAAAAAUUGUUAUAUUCGCCAGAGAACAUUUGCCAGCUAGAAGAGGUUGAUGAUGCAAACAUUAAAAUAUUGUCAGUAGAUACAAAAUUACACCAUCAAGAAGGUGUUCAACACAAUAAUAUCAACGUUGACAAACAUGUCAUGAUUAAAACUUCUAUUCCAAAAAAGAAAAAAAAUCUUAGCGAUCAAAAUAGUAGUGAUAGUAACAAAUCAAUAAUUACUUUGGAUGAUAUGAUAGAGUCCGGAAAAGAGGUCACCACAAAAAGGAAGCAAGUGCUUGAUCCGGAUGUGUUUCAGCAAAUGUGUUACGGAGAAUCUCAGAAAAAUGAACUUGCAAAUAAAAGAAUGAAAACCUAA